AUGAUGUCGUCCACUCAAUCUGAUUCCUUCAAUCCUUCGGGCGCCGCUCGCCGAACCGGUCUGCAGCUUGACCACCACCCUCUCGAUCCCUUGACCGCUCAGGAGAUCGCCGCUGUUUCGCUCAUCGUGCGAAGCCACUUUGCUGCCCGCACUUCGGUCAAAGCCGUCAAGUUCUGCAGCUCGCUCCUCAUUCCGCCCGUCAAGGCUGCCGUGCUCUACGCGCUCGGUCUUCCGCUCCCUCGCGGCACCAAGCUCGAUGACCGCAAGGCUUUGCAGCUGCUCAACCGACGGGCAGAGGUGCAGCUGAUCGAUGUCGUCACUGGCGAUACCUACGAGGUCAACGUUGCUAUUGCAAACGACCUGCCUCUUCCAGGUCGGGAUGGCAAGUACGCACCUGCCACCGCCGAUGCCCUCGGCAAAGUCGAGAGCAUCAAGAAGCUCGACAUUGGUGUGCAGCCCAGUCUGACUCCAGAGGAGGUCAACGAGGCCGAAAACAUCAUGCGCGCCGACCCGCGCAUCGUCGCCAUCGCUCGAGAGGUCGGCAUCGAGCCCGAGAACAUGUGGGCCGACGGUUGGUCGCUCGGAUACGACGACCGAUUCGACAAGAGCAUUCGCAUUCAGCAAUGCCUCGUCUACGCCCGAAAGAGCGAACACGAGAACCUCUAUGCUCAUCCCAUGGACUUCUACCCCGUCAUUGACUGCAAUGCUGGCAAGGUCAUCGCUAUCGACUUCCCCGGUCAUCGCGAUCCCAUCACCGGCAAGCUCUCCACACCGAAUGGAACCACCAAGCCCGGUCCGGUCACCAUGGAUGGCGACGCGGCACUGGCGUACUCCGGUCGCAAACGUAUCCCCCCUCCUAUGGAGUCGUUCGACUAUCUGCCCGAGCUCAUGGCUCUCGACCCUAAGAUGCCUGCGCUUCGAACCGACCUCAAGCCUCUUCACGUUGUGCAACCUGAAGGUGUGAGCUUCAAGCUCAACGGCAAUGAGCUCGAAUGGCAGAAGUGGAAGAUGCACAUCGGCUUCCACCCUCGUGAUGGCCUUGUUCUCUCCACCAUCAGCUACAACGACAAGGGCAACGUCCGCCCGAUUGUCUAUCGCAUGUCGGUUGCUGAAAUGGUGGUACCUUACGCUUCCACCGAGCACCCUCACCCUCGCAAGUUCGCCUUUGACGUGGGAGAGUACGGCAUGGGUACGCUCGCCAACAGUCUCAAGCUCGGAUGCGACUGCCUCGGCACCAUCCACUACCUUGAUGGUCACUACGUCGCCCUUGAUGGCACGCCUACUGCGGUGGAGAAUGCCAUUUGCAUCCACGAAGAGGACGCAGGAAUCGCAUGGAAGCACACCGACUACCGACCUGGUGGAAAGGUGCGUUCGGCUCGUGGGCGAAAGCUCGUGGUGCAGAUGAUCUGCACCAUCGCCAACUACGAGUACAUCUUUGCCUACAUGUUCCACACGGAUGGUAGCAUCCAGCUCGAAACCAAGCUUUCGGGUAUCCUGAACCUCUACGUCAAGGACCGCGAUGAGCCCAACCCGUACGGUGUCGAGGUUGCACCUCAGGUCAACGCGCACUACCACCAGCAUCUAUUUGCUCUCAAGAUCGAUCCCAUGGUGGACGGCUGCGAGAACACGGUCAUCCAAACCGACUGCGAGCCGACACGCGCACCUACGGGAUCGGAAAGCAACUAUCUCGGCAACGGGUUCGUCACGGUCAAGACACCCAUCAACGUUUCCGGCGGUUACGACUGGGAUUGGUCUCGACACCGAACCUGGGCGAUCUACAACACGGCGAAGCAGCACUACGCUGCAGGUCUACCCGUCGGAUACAAGAUCCACACGCGGGACUGGGAGCCCUUGGCGCUGCAGAACGACUCGAUGGUGGCUCAGCGUGCCGAGUUCACCAAGCACGCGCUCUGGGUGACCAAGUUCAACGAAGAGCAGCUGUGGCCCGCGGGCAAGUACGUCCCCCAGCAGCGUGGCACCGCACCGGAUUCGUUGGGACACUGGGCGAAUGAGAAGAACAAGGUGGACGACGAGGAGAUCACUGUGCACGCCAUCUACGGUAUCACACACAUCCCUCAUGCGGAGCAGUUCCCGGUGAUGCCGGUGGAGCAUCUCAACGUCUGGCUCAAGCCCGCCAACUUCUUCGACUUCAACCCGGCGCAGGAUCUGCCCGCCCUCAACGAUCCUUUCUCGAGGAGUGCGUUUGGCGAGAAUGAGGGCAAGCCGCAGCUGGAUGUAAAGGCGAAUCCGGCGGCUCCUGCCUCGAGCGGGAAUGCUGCUGCUGCUGCUGCGGCGGCGGGUGGCUGCUGCUCGAGCAAGAAGUCUGUCACGGUGCCUCAACCAAGACAGGGGAUCAGCUUGUCUGCUCCCUCUAAGGCGUCCGGCUCGUCAUCGGCUGCUCCUUCGCAUCCGCAAAUCUGCGCUUGCUGCGCCAACGACAGCUCGAGUCGUCUGUGA